AAAAUCCAGCCUCGGAUGCCCUCCUCCCGCAGCGAUGGCCUCCACCUCUGGCCUGGCGAGCUCACGUGGUCCAGCUUGUGCAACUCCGGGUUUCCGGCUUUUGGUCACUCAGGGUUGGACCUGGGACUGGUGCUGGUCGGCCCUGCAGGCGCUGUGGACUGGGGAAGCACAGAGAUUCCCCGCCCCGUUCCCGGGACUGGGGCGCACGCCACGAUGCCCCGCCCCACUCUUCACCCCCUGAAUGCAGGGCGCUUGCUGCUACUCGGUGGCUCAAGCACCGUCCCCAUUCUCUGCCCGCCCCUCUCCCGGGACACUGCGCACGCACCACAGAGCCACGCCCCUCUCCUCACCCCGCCACCCGGACGCAGAGCGUCCGCCGCCGCGUUUCCGGCGACAUCUCGCUGUCAUCACCGCGGCUUGCGCGCCCUUGUAGACAGCCCGGGCCUUCGUGAGACCGGUGCAGGCCUAGGGUAGUCUCCCGUCUGGACAGAGAAGAGAAGAAUGCAGGACACCGGCUCAGUAGUGCCUUUGCAUUGGUUUGGCUUUGGCUACGCAGCACUGGUUGCUUCUGGUGGGAUUAUUGGCUAUGUAAAAGCAGGUAUGGUUUUGUUGUUACUUAG